GGCAGCAUGCGGGUGCUCAACGUGGCGGAGAAGAACAAGGUGGCGGCCACGGUCAGCCAGCUGCUGAGCAACGGGCGCUGCCGGCAGUCCAACUCCUGCGCCACCUACUGCAAGAUCUACGAGUUCCCCUUCACCGUGGCGGGGCGCCAGGCGGACAUGGUGUUCACCUCGGUGGCGGGCCACUUGCUGGAGCUGGAGUUUGAGGGGCGAGUGCGGGGCUGGCACAGCUGCGCACCGCGCGAGUUGUAUGAUGCCCAGGUGUUCAAGGGCGUGCCCAAGAACGAGAAGAUGAAGCGCAACCUGCAGCAGCUGGCGCGCUCCUGCGACUGGCUGGUGCUGUGGCUGGACUGCGACCGCGAGGGGGAGAACAUCGCGUUUGAGGUCUGCACCGAGGUCAACCCGCGCCUGGUCAUCAAGCGCGCCCGCUUCUCGGCGCUGAUCUAUGCUGACGUGGCGCGCGCCAUGGCCAACCUGGUGCCCCCCAACGAGCACGAGGCCCAGGCGGUGGAUGCGCGCCAGGAGAUCGACCUGCGCAUCGGCGCCUCCUUCACCCGCCUCCAGACCCUGCUGCUGCAGAACAAGUUCGACUGGGGGGAGAUGGCGGGGGACAACGGGCGGGUGCUGCUCAGCUACGGCCCCUGCCAGUUCCCAACGCUGGGCCUGAUUGUGCAGCGGGCGUGGGAGAUCCAGGCCCACAUCCCCGAGAACUUCUGGUACAUACAGGUGCUGUACCGCGACGGCCCCAAGGCCUGCGAGUUCCGCUGGCACCGCGGCCGCCUGUACGACGCCGCCGUGGCAGGCAUGCUGCACGAGCUGUGCGCCGCCUCGCCGCUGGCCACGGUGGCGGCGGUGGAGGGGGCGCGCAAGACCAAGUGGGCCCCCGCCCCGCUGAGCACGCUGGAGAUGCAGAAGCGGGGGUCC